AUGGUACAUAUAGACUAUUACAAACACAAAAUCUUGUGUGCAAACAUAGUUGAAGCUUACCAUCGUGGCAAAUUCACUCACACUUCAAAUGAGCAAGGUAAGCAGUUCCUUUCAAACUAGUUAAGUCAGAGAUACGAAAUUAAGCAAGUCAAAGUCAAACACAAUUUUUUAUUUCCCUUUUAUUUUUAUCUAUUUUUUUUAAUUAAAAACCGAAUACCCAUAUUCAAAGAAUGUUUGGAACGGUUCCAUUGGCAAUAAAUAGGAGAAACUCUUCACUUUCCACAAUCAAUCCAUGCAACCCCCUUUCUCUCUCUCACACGCCUUCUCCACUGACAUCACCUCUCCUUCCACCUAUAAAAUAAAAAACCUCAACCAUGGUUCUCACAAGCAACAACACUGAUCUCACAUCCCUCAAACGAAAGAGAAACCCUUCAUCACCUGUUCCCAUGGAUACCUCACCCAUUCAAUCGCCAAUUCCUCUUCGAUCCCACAAUCCAAUGCUCGCAAUCACUCAGGGGGAACAAACCAACACUGACAUCGAAAUGAAAUCCCCAAUCUCAAACCCUAGAUCCUCCACAAGAAAAUCCAAAAAACGACGAGUGGAAACUUCUGGUGAAAACAUCGAGGAAACAGAGGAGAUUGCUCAAACUCAGGGGGAAGUAAAAGGGUCCAAGAAACUCACUGCAAAGGAAAACAAUCUGGUCGAGGGGUUCGCAAUCAACUCAACAUGGUGUGAAGCCACGAAAUUUAAAGAGUUGAUGGAAAUCCUUGAACAACAAAAGUGGGUAAGUCUGUUGAGUACCUAUGCCAAAUCCCCCUUAAUUCCUGAAGCUAUGAAAGAAUUUUGCAAGAACUUUGCAUGUGUUGAUAAUGUAUGCUCAAGUAAAGUGAAUGGAACUCGCAUCGAAUUUGAUGCCUCUUAUCUGGAACAGCUGUUUGGUACACCCAAUAGGGGUUUUGAUAUGUGGCUCAAAGGUCAAAUCACAGUGACCAUAGAUAAUGUAGAUGAGAAAGAUAUAGUUGGUUCCAUUGGAGGAGAUUCUAAAGUAUCCACCUCCACCUCACACAACUGCUUUUCACCUCUUCAAAAAUUACUGUUUAAUAUUGUGUGGAGAGGUGUAGUUCCUCGAACUCAGAAAAGGAACAUAGCAAGUCUGUUUGAUGCAUGUCUCAUGUAUUGUCUAGAAAGGAAAAUUCCCAUAAACUUUCCUGCAAUCAUGAUCAAACACUUAUCCACCUGUAUCCCCAAAUUCAAAAUUCCAUACUCCUCCCUUCUCACAGAAAUCUUCAAAAGCUUCUCAGUUGACCUUAGCCCAUACUUUGUGAUUCCCUUAAAAUCCACCCAAAUCCUUCAACUUGAAAUGCUCCAUCUGUUAAAUCUUAAAGUGGUUCAGGGUAAAGUCAUUAGGGCUGGAAAGGAAGAGAAACAAGAUGAGGAAGAUCAGGAAGGAAUUGCAGUUAAAGAAGAAGUGGAGGAGGAGGAGGAACUCGAACAAAUAGAGGUCCCUUUACCUCGAGGGAACAGGAAGAGUGUAGGAAAAAGAAAGAGCAUGAGGGUAGCAAUGAAGGAGAACAAGAAAAGAGGGCCUGUCUUCAUGGAAAUAAAUGAGGAAGGAGAUGUCAAGGAGAUGCCCAUAGAGGAGGAUGCUGUUCCCCUGAAUCAAGAGGAACUGCCUGAAACUGUUAGGCCAAGAAAAAGGACGCCCAGAUCCUCCAAAAAGCCCAAAGCUCGUUGUGUUCCAUCUGAACAGGAACAUGUUCAAGAUCAUGGGGGUGCCUGGAACACAAAGGAUGAUCAGAUAUUGGAGCUAAAGGCAACAGUUGCUCGUCUGGUGGAACUACAGGAGGGAACAGAUCACAGGAUUAGCUCAAUGCAGGCCCACAUAGGUGCAUUGGUUACAAGUGUCAAGACUCUCCAAAACGAUCUUCACCACUACUCAGAACAAGCCAAUGCAACUCGUGCCACAAUCCUCACCAAGAUCAACAAUCUGGAAUCUUUUGAGGAGACUGUGAUAGAAGAAACUGCUGGUUCUGGUUCCCCAUCCCAAGCCUAAAUCACCCUAUCCCAUGUUUCUUUUAUCUUUUGCCAUGGAACAAUUUUUUUUUGCUUUCGGUUUGUAUAAUUCUUAAACUUGGGUAUUUGUUCCAUCUUAUUUUGACUUGCUUGGUUACACAUAUCUAUGCUUUCUAGUCUUGAUCAUUACUGCUUGCUUUCAAUUUAUUGUAUGAGUUAGUUUAAUACUUUGAGGCUAGCUUAACUUGCCAAACGUUGAUCGUGGGGCACUGUGUUUGGAAUGGCUAUAUUUCGUGCUAUGCUUUUUGUUGAUGUCAACAGGGGGAAGUCAUGGGUGCAAACUUCCAAGGCACACUCAAUCCAGUUCCUGAAUCAAUCUCUCUGAAUCUCUCUGUAAGCCAAGGGCAUAUGCCCAAGUUUCUAUUAGGAUAGGAACUUGAAUAAACUGGUGAAGUUCCUGAGGUACACUUGGAACAGUCAAUGGAGUUUCAGAGAUGGAAGUUGUAUCUGUUCCAGUUUGAAGUCACAAGAGGAGCAACACAGUUACAUAUCAAGAGUUCCGAAUAUCCACAAGAACUAUUACAGACUCAUAGCCAAGAGUUCCUGUGUUAGCUAGAGAGGAACUCAUCAAUGUUCCUUGGCUGGAACGUCUGAAGCUUCUGAGUUGCAAGUUCCAGACAAAGGGAAGACAUGAAGUCUAGGUAGUCCACUGUACUUAGAAUUUUAUGUAAAUAUUAAUUAUGCUAAUGGUAUAUAGAGUACUCAAGGAACUUAUGAUUUAAUUAGGCCAUUUAUUUUAUUGGAAGCGAUUUUUAUGGAAAACAUUUCAUAAAUAAAAACAAGUUUUGCAUAUUUAAUAUAAAAUAGAUUUACGUUUUAUUUUAUUUAAACAAAACUUAUUUUCCUAAAAAUACUCCUAAGUUUUUGUAGAUAAAUAAAAUCUGUUUUAAAGAAAUGUUUUAGGGUUUGAUUGAGUCAAAUCUCCAACUGCUUCAUGGCUGAACGUGGGAAGUGGUCUUCCCCUUGUUCCUCAAGUCAAGGGACGUGGAGACCAAAGUGCUGGCAGUUAGCAGUUGAGGUUUUGAAGGGAACUAACCCUAAGGAUAAACACUAUAAAAGGGAAAUCGUUUUUGGUUUAAAGUACACAAACAUUCUGAGAGUUUUUGCUUUCCUAAAAACGUUUUGUCUAAGAUUUUCUAAAACAGUUUGUGUCCUAGUUAAUUCAAAGUUCCUAAGUUUCUUAUAUCCUCACAAAAGCAUUAUUAAUAUCUAGAGUU